AGGGCAGUAGGUACAUUUUCUGUGUAGGGAGAAGUGACCGUCACAAAGGAAAUCGGAAUUUAUUUUCUAGUAUGUGAAUGAGCAGAACAACGAACCAGGUGCACCACUGUACAGGAUGAAGGGUUGUGCAUUAUUGUGCGUCACCUUGGUGGCAGUUUUAGGAAGUGUAUAUAUCGUAGAUGCUUGUAACGAAGCACUUUGUGGUUCUAUUGUGAGCAAAUGCAUUCUUAUAGAUGCAUGUUCAUGUGACUUUGGAAACUUUACCAACUCCAAGUGCCUUAAAAACUGUACACUGUGUUUAAAUAGUUUGUUUAUGGACUGCUGUGCUUGUGUCGGGUUGUGUAAGCCAAAGGACUCUGAGGAAGGGAUGGAUAACUCCAGUUCUGUUGAGGAACUACGCGAUCCACUUCCUGAACUCUUCAAUGUUCUUACAGAGGAGGAAGAUUUAUUAGUUAGAUGGAAAUCCUUCACAUAUCCUGCAUCAGACGCUAAACCUGUCAAGAAUAUUCUUCUUAUCAAAGGUAAACGUGAAAGGGUGAAACCAGAGUACCAGGAGGACACAAACUGUACUGUGGCAUUCAUGUCCGAGUGUAGCGCCAUGCAGAAGUGUAAGGAUGCAUGCAAGUCAAUGGGGGCGAGUCAGUAUCGCUGGUUUCACGACCAUGGGUGUUGUCAGUGUGUCGGACAUACCUGUCUCAAUUACGGACUCAACAGUCCUCGCUGCUUCAACUGUCCACCCCCUGAAGAGGUCGACGACCUUGAACAGGAGGAGAGAAUUAUCCAGAAGAUGAACAGAAUAGAUCAACAAGUUAUGGAAAUGGAGGAAGAAAUCAAUGAGGAAUUUGGUGAGGAAGAUGAUGACGAGGAUGAACCAGAAGUUGAUUUAGAUGGCUGAGUGUCAUUAAUAUUCUACGGAAAAACACUAAUAGCAUUAUGUUUUGAAACAGUGUUGUGAGGAGGAAAACUUGAUGAUUACAGUAUAUGUGGAGAGUUAUCACUCUGAUGUAAGUAAAGCUUACAAACGUUUAGGAAAUAUGGUAUAAUUGAAAGCCUACUUUCAGAAGUUUUUGCUGAGGAGCAUUCAUUAAAGUUUGCUUUGUUAAGGGAUAUAUAUCGGAAGUAAGUUAUGGUGAUGAAUUUGUUAUGUAAAUAUUUUUUUACAAUAAAUGAAACAGCGUUCAACCUACAGCUGAUAGCAUUAAAACACACCCAGACUGUAAGAGAUGAUUUGUAGUUAACUUAAAGGAAUCAGUCAAGCUUGUCAGUAUUUGAUAAAUUGUCUUUUUUUUUAUUUUCAUGUUAUGUGCUACCUUACAUGUUACAUGUGACAUUUAUUAAAAGUUGUCUCCCUUAUGAAACUACCUGACAGUGUUUUUAAAAUUCCAAGUGUGCCCCCUAUCACAAUCAUUCCAAAUCACCUCUUUAGGAAACUAAAUUCAUUUCACAGUAAGGUAGCAUACAUCCUUAAGUCUCCAUGUCACAGUAAGGUUGCAUACACCUUUAAGACGCCAUGUCACAGUAAGGUAGCAUACAUCCUUAAGUCUCUAUGUCACAGUAAGGUAGCAUACAUCCUUAAGUCUCCAUGUCACAGUAAGGUAGCAUACAUCCUUAAGUCUCCAUGUCACAGUAAGGUAGCAUACACCUUUAAGUCUCCAUGUCACAGUAAGGUAGCAUACAUCCUUAAGUCUCCAUGUCACAGUAAGGUAGCAUACAUCCUUAAGUUUCCAUGUCACAGUAAGGUAGCAUACAUCCUUAAGUCUCCAUGUCACAGUAAGGUAGCAUACAUCCUUAAGUCUCUAUGUCACAGUAAGGUAGCAUACAUCCUUAAGUCUCCAUGUCACAGUAAGGUAGCAUACAUCCUUAAGUCUCCAUGUCACAGUAAGGUAGCAUAUAGCAUUUAACUUAAAUGUAGACCAAAUUACAUUUUAUCAUAUAAACCGUAUCAUUUGUUUCAUCAUCAUCAUUGUCAUUGAGCAGUCUUCACACACAUUUCAUCAACUGGUCAUUGUAGUGAUAUUUAUGUUAAAUUAUGAAUAUUGUUUUAGAACUGCCUUGUAGCAAUCACAUCAUUUAGUUGUAUUGUCAGUUUAUUUGUCUGAAUCUGUUCAGUUAUCUGAGUAACAUCAUCAUUUACAAUACCUGUAACAGGGAGGUCAAGAUUAGUUCAGGGCUUGCCUGAUGCCAGACUGGCUCAUCUCUUGUUUGUAUUGCACUCACUUAAACAUAAAAACUUUUCAGAGCUUCAGUUUCUUUAUAUUAGACCAAUGCCAAGGAUUGAUAUUGUGAUCUAAAAAUCAAAUCUUACAAUUCUCCCUGCUUAAUCAGUCAGAUUAAUGCUUAAAAAUGAAACCUUGUUUGUUUGUAAUCUUUCCUGGUCAAAUGAAUCUUAAGGACAAUAAAAUGACAAGUAAGAAAAUUUUUUUAGUGAACUCACAAUUUUACUUUUGUGAUUAAACAUUUUGUAAAUUUGUACAAAAACCUGAGUACUUUGUUAAAGAAAAUGUAGUUCUGUUGCAGAUAACAAGUAUUUAAUUGAUAUUAAUUGUUUGUUAUAUUAAAUAACCGUUAGCGAUUUAUCCAUUUUUUUUUUGACUCACCAAUAUGAUUUUUUUCACUUUUGCUCUAGUUUUACCAGCCAGUUGGGCUUUACUUUCUUCUCAAGAAAAACACUGAAGAUUUGUGAGGAGAAAUAGGAAUUACUAGGAACACUAGAUGAUAUUGAGAAGUUUUAAAACCGUACACAAAUUUUGGCUCCAUAUUUGAAAUAGUUUUGAAGAAAUCAUUGAAAUAAUCUUUAAGGCAACAGUAUCAGGGGUGGAUUUUAAAUCUCAUAGGCCAUAAACGCAAACCCCUUAAAAAAAGUUUGAUGGAUUGAUGAAGGGUGUAACGUGUUAUCUAAUGUUUUCUAAAUCUGAUGAAAACCAGCUACUAUUAAUGAAUGUAAUACACUAUUUACAAUUGUUAUGGUAUUCACUUUUGUAUGCAAAUAAGGUGCUACACUAAACAUUUGGUUUUAAUUUCUGAUUUUAUAUAAUUUAUAUUGUUCUUCCAAAGGAAAUGUAUUUUACCAAUUUUUGAGUUUUUAUUUUAAAAAUCAAAUUUUAUAAUCUUUAUAAAAUGAAAUUGAUUUUACUACAUGUAUCUGUUGUAAUAUGUAUGUUUAAACUUUACACGGUUGUGCAUUUAUUUAUAAUAUUUUAUAUUGAUCAAUUAAAGUGUCUGAAUAUGUAUAUAUAAAUAUAUAGAGUGAGCAGAAAUUAUGCCAGAAAAUAGCCCUAUUGUAUUUUCAAAGCAGUUGAAAGGAAAAUUCAUGUUUAAAAACAAAGAACAAAAACAACUCUUUAUUGACCUGUUUUAUGUAUAUUUUUCUCUACAUUUUGUGAUAACUUCAGCAGAUGUCAUAAAUAACUUUAGUUAUAGUAAUAGAGAAGGAAAAGUGGACAAAGGGAAAUAACUCGUGUCUAAAUAAUUUUACAGUGAUUGGGAAAUUUGUGAAAUAGUGCUGAGGAAAAUUUCUGAUUAAAGUUAAGAUUAAUUUAUUUGAUCAUUUUUUAAAUUUGAAGAAAAAAAAUGGACACAAUUCCUGACUUGGGUGCUUAAAGAGCUAUACAAAAAUGAAUAUCUAGAUUUCUUCACAAUAAUUUCCCUUCUUUUACUUCCAGUUUGAUUUUACAGACAUGUCUGUAUGUAAGAUAUCUUCCAACUUCUGACACGUGUAGUUCAAAUACAAUCAUGAUUCAGAGAGUCAUCAACAAUCACACCACAAUCUUAUUUUACAGUAAAUGUAUUUGUUUUUUUGAAAUUGCUUCAAAAUUUUCAAUAAUCUUCCACAGAGAUUUGCAAUCUGAUCUGUUUCUCUCUACUUCCCUGUUGUGAGAAAUACAAAAACAUUUUGUAAUUGCUUAUAUAAAAUUUUCUUGAUGUUAUGGUGAAUAUUUGAUAUCAGAUUUUCUUACUUUUAAAUGAAAUUCUUACCAGAAAAAUCCUUCUUGGUUAUGUUUUCAAACAAACAAAAAUAUCAUAAUAAUUUGAAGUAUUGAAUAUUUUAUCAUCUGGCUACAGGCUGCACCAUGUGUUUUAUACAUUGUAAACCUGCAUUACCAAGAUUUCAUUGUCAUUUGUGUGGAUAUCAUCAACCUUAGACCAAAGAAAUAAACAUCUUAUUAGCCAC